AUGCCAGGAGGCAGGGCUUCUGCCGAUGCUGCCAAUGUUGAGGUACUGUCUCAAUCUGGAAGGUGCUUUGGAGGGGGCGAGGCUGCCACCCACCCGCAGUACUUGGAUACCUCUAGUAAUGAUGUCGUUAAGGAGCUUGAGUUGCGUGCCCGUGAAGCUGGAUUCCAUUUGGAACGAUUCGUUGAAAACAAGGCUCCCAUCAGCCUACAAGGGCUGUGGACUUGGAUUGGGACAGUGCUGAUAAUUAUUAUGGUUGGCGCGGCCAAAAAGAUAUGGCGAUUCCCAGAAGGGUUCGAGGAUAGAGAAGCGUCAGGGCAUCACACGCAAAAAGCCAUGGAACAGCAUGGUGUGGCUCAAAGAGACGAGAUCAGUGAGAAGCGCAGCGGAGCUUCCCUUGCAGACAACCCGGCAAACGAGAGCAAGGGCGGACUAAGAAAUGCGAAACCUAUCAUAGGGGGUGACUCUGUGAGAGGAUUCCCGGCUGUAGACGGUGCGAAAAAGGAUGACCAUUAUGCUUUCCAGAAUAGUUCCCGUGCUGGGCCACCAAGGCCAGGUGCAGGAAUGUUGAACGCACCGCAGCACGGGGCAGCUUCCUCGCAGCGGUCGCCGCCACCGGGUGACGUUACCGGACUGACACCACCUCAAGCACCCUUCUCUUCCUCUGGUGGUGACCGCCAUGCUCCGCCGCUUGCUGGGCCACCACGGCCAGGUGCAGGAAUGUUGAACGCACCGCAGCACGGGGCAGCUUCCUCGCAGCGGUUGCCGCCACGGAAUGACGUUGCCGGACUGACACCACCUCAAGGACCCUUCUCUUCCUCUGGUGGUGAGAAUGACAAUGAGGUGUCUCCUAGUGGGGCACCGGAUUUUCCGCAGCAUGGUUUUGCGGACAUCGUCACACCUCCGAAGGGUGAUUUUGGGAGUGCGGAAUCAGGUGAGUUUCUGGGCGAACUCCAGAACCUGUUUCUCCAAAGGUGGUCGUAA